AUGACAGCAGAAGAGUCAGAUCGCUAUGAUGAAGCUGUCCGAGCUGGCACGAUCCCUAGUACCGCCCUCUCGCGAGUGAUCUUCCGAAAUUGGCUCCGAUUUCCAGGCUGCAUAAUCUUGACGAAAGUUGGGGGGUUCUAUGAGUCUUACUUUGAGCCAGCCUUGGAGUUGAGCGAGCUGACAGGUCUCAAACUUGCUCAAAAGCGAUAUGCUUCAGCCACUAAGGACGGGAAGAAGAGCAUCGUUCUGCCCUUUGCUGGCUUCCCCACGGCUCAGCUGGACAAGUAUCUCAAGCUUCUAGUGCUUCAACUUGGGAGGACAGUGGUGGUGGUAGACGAGACGGAGUCAAGAAGCGAUGAGGAGCUCAAAGAGCGUCGAGUCGGACGUGUCGUCACGCCUGGAACCCUUCUGGAGGAGAUAGGUCUGGCCGGGAACGAGAGUCGAUUCCUGUUGGCGAUUGCCAUUGGUAACAGAGUCUCAAAGUCAAGCGAUGAGCUGGAACAAGACCCUGAAGACACUUUCACCGACCUGGCUGUCUCGCUGGCGUAUACCGACGUGACCACCGGAGAUUUCUUCUCCAAGGAAAGCUCAAUAGCGCAUCUCGAAGAUGAGCUCACACGAAUCGCUCCGAAGGAAGUGGUCCUGGACUCUGCGCUUAGAGAGCUCUGGGAACUUGGUACGGGUGAUCCGACAGGGUCCGAUCGCGGAACGGCCGUCGAGCUCUUGGCCCUUUUACGAGUCCUAGGCCACCAUGUCUCAUUCGCUGAUCCCAGUCGAUCGUCGCCUGUCGAGGACUCGCAAGGCUUGAUGCGGAGUACGCUGGAGAUGGAUGCUGAGGCGAGAGCGGCCAUACCUCUGGAGUCUCAGGCAAUCUCAAUCUUGCGACGUCAGCUGGAGUACGCAUUCAGAGAUACGCCAACGUAUCUCCGACAGCCAAAACGACAAAGCGAAUCCGCCUACAUGCAUAUUGAUGCAGCAACACUUCAAGCACUGGAAAUUCGGCAUUCUCUACAACUCGGCGAUACGGAAGUCCAGCGUGGAUCGCCCGUGUCUCGAGUCGGCACAUUACUCUCUGUCCUCGAUCAGACCGUUACAGACGCCGGCCAUCGACUGCUCGUUCGAACUUUGAUGGCCCCCUCGACCAUUCUCAGUGAUAUCACUGAACGACAAGAGCUCGUUCAAGCGUUUGUGGACAGAGGAGAUCUGAGAGAAGAGCUAAGGGAAAUUCUCAGAGGCGCGAAGGACGUCGCUCGUACCCUUCAGCGUAUCAGGCGGGGCCGCGGAGGACCCUAUGAGACGUGGAAGGUAGCAGUGUGGAUCAGAGUAUCUGAGAGGAUCAUCGGGAGACUGAAAGCUGAGGUCGAGCUGGAACAUUCACGUCUCGCUUCUUCACAACCUUCGCCUAAGCAGUUUCAACUGGAAAGUCUCAAGCGGAUGACUCGAGUAGUCCAAGCUUGGACAGAUUUGAGCGAUAUUGCGCGAGAGAUCGAAGGAUCCAUGGACGAAUCUUGGCUGUUGAGCUUAGAUCGUGGUCUCAGCUCAGAUGAGUCGAAAGAUUCACACGAUUCUGAGAAUGGUCUAACGGUAAAUGCCAACGGGAGAAACGGCGACAGUGAGCCAGAUGAGACAUUCAUGUCGCGGUGGAUCAAGGAGGCGGAAGGUAGGGAGACGACUGGGGAGAGAAAACAGAUGGGGGAGGAUGUUGUUUUCUGGCUCAAACCUGACGCUUCUGAGGAGCUUCAAAGGGCGCAUGACCAGCUAGCAGACAUCGAGCAGAGGCGUGUCAAAAUGGAAGAUGAACUCAAGCGCAAAUACAGCGAUGGGGUAGUCCUAACCUGGUAUUCUCGACAUGGCUAUUGGGUCAAUUUUGUCUCCGCUACGAAUCCGGACCGGCUCAGGAAGUCAAUGCUGGAAGAUGAACGUUUCAGAAAAGCUGGAGAGAGUAAGAAACACAUCUUGUACAAGCCUUGGACAGUGCUAGGUGCAGAACGGGACAAUGUCUUUCGAAAGAUCGAUCGCCUGCAAAGGGAAGAAUUGAACCGGAUGAGGACGAUGAUCGCAUCCCGAGAUGAAGUCUUCAAGGACAACAUGGCCCUCAUUGAGGAACUCGAUAUGUGUUUAGGGUUUGCUACGACCGCCGCAGAGUCAUUGUUCGUCAGGCCGUUCAUGACAAAUGGGACGGAGAUGAGGAUCAUCAAUGGUCGACACCCUACAGUUGAAGCUGCUCUGAAUGCACACAUUCGACCCUUCACGCCCAACUCGACCGUCAUGUCUCCUGGAACACACCUUCAAAUCAUCACUGGGCCUAAUCAAGGAGGGAAAUCGACAUUGUUGCGUCAAACGGCAGUCAUCGCCAUCUUGGCUCAAGCUGGGAGUUUUGUACCUGCCGAGGCAGCCAGCAUUGGAAUUGUCGACAAGGUCUUCAGUCGAGUAGGUGCGAGGGAUGAUUUAUUUAGGGACAGAAGCACAUUCAUGUUGGAGAUGGUAGAGACUGCGUCCAUUCUGAAAUACGCCACGCCCAGAUCACUGGUCAUAAUGGACGAGAUCGGACGAGGAACGACGCUUCAGGCAGGCAUGUCGAUAGCGUACGCGACCCUAGAAUACAUUCUCUCUAAGAUCAAAUGCCGGACGUUGUUUGCAACUCACUACCAUGAGCUUGGUCAAAUGCUAGCGGGUAGCGAAACGCCACUCCCCGUGGACGAAUCGGGCGUCUUGAGAGGCGAGGGGUUGCCGAAACGAGACGGCGUAGAAUUUUGGUGUACAGACGUCAACGAAGUUGCUGGGGCUUUCUCCUAUUCCUACAAAUUGGAGCAAGGGAUUAAUUUCAAUUCGCACGCCAUUAAAGCUGCUAGGAUUGCUGGUAUGCCGCGUGCGUUUCUUCAGACCGCCUCGGCUACACUUGCAAGGUUGCAAGCGCAGUACACGCGAGCUCAACAGUACCUCAGUGGAUCGUCCACCGUUGAGGAGGCAGCGCCCUCUGGCCGGACCCAGCAGGCGUACGACGGCUUCGUCCAUGCCCCGCAUGCGAAUUCCGUAGUCACGACGCGAGAAGCAAGCAACAAUGAGCGAGUUGCGACAGGAGAAGAAUCAACGCGUUGGUCGCCUGGACCGGCCACUGCUGCAUCUCAUCCAUCAUCUUCAUCUCGAGGGCAGGACUCGCGUCCAAGUGCAGACGCCUGA